AUGGCGGUGGGCUGUGACCAACCUGUUACCACUUCUAUGCCAUUAUCGAUGACCAUAUGUACUAAAAGGUUUGAAAAACUAUACUCAGAGAUACAUAAUUCUUCCACAAUAUCUGAAAAGGCAGAAUACAGUACAAAGGAAAACAAAGCAGCUAGAAUUAAACAGCACUAUGAUGUUUUUGAUCCAUGGAAAGCCUGUAUAAAGCUUAAUGGUCAAUGUAAAAAUCAAUGUGGUGAAAAUGAAUUUAAGAUGUCGUACUGUGCAAGACCUGAAACUCUUUGCUGCUUGAAAGUAUGCGACCCUGUCGAGUAACUGAAGAGACCCAUUCACAAAAAAACACCAACAAAGGAUUUCUUAUAA